AUGAAGGAUUAUUACAAUACACAUAAAUAUACUAUAUUUGAUAUAUUUCCUAGAUCUAAUAAAUUUUAUUUAAAAUCAAAUAAUAUAUGUAAAGAAUUAGUAUUAUAUGGGACUAAUAUAGAAAGUAAUGCACCUAAAUUUACUAGUAUAGUGAAUUAUAUGAUAAAUUUACCUGAUGAUAUAUAUUAUAUUUUAAGUGGUAUUAUUUUAAGUGAUGGUUAUAUAAAAACUACAUUUAAUAAUAAAACUAGAAGAUUUAUUAAAACCUCAUUAAAAACUACUUAUAAUUCUAGAUUUUCAUUUAAACAAUCUAUACAACAUAUUGAAUAUAUAUUAUAUACAUAUAAUAAAUUAGCUCAUUAUUGUAUUUCAGCACCUAAAAUAAAGGUUGAAUCUUUAAAAGGUAAAUUAUUUACCGCUGUUACAUUUGACACUAGAGCUUUACCAUGUUUUAGUGUUUUAAGAGAUACUUUUUACCAAGAUUUAGAUUGUACACUUCAUAAAUCUAGAAAUAAAUAUGUUAUAUAUAUCAGAAGUAGAUCUAUGCCUAUAUUAUAUAAAGGUAUAUCUCCUUAUUUAAUACCUUCUAUGCAUUAUAAAUUUCAUAAAAAAAUAUUAGAAAUAGGAUGCCCCGCCGAAGGCGGGUGAUCCCCCUCCAGCUUCGCGGAUUAAAUUCUUCAUAUUUUAAGAAAGAUUAAUGCCCCGUUACGUUAGUUUAUACCUAGGUUUAUCUCGAGUAUUUACCAACAUAUACAUAUUAGGGAUACCUAGGACUACCCGGGGAUUAAUAAAUAAUGGGC